GUUACCGAAGCCCACACUGAAACCCUGGUGUGGUUUCAGGUUGGUGGCAGGAGCAGGAGGUUUGGCAGGGAAGCCCGGGCCACCCCUCCUCCUCCUCCUCCUCCUUCUCCUCCUCCUCCUCCUCUUCCUCCUCCGUCUCCGCCCGCUUAUAUAAACCGCCCACUGCUCCAUACAUUCAUCCAUUCACUUUCGUCUUCGAUAGAAGCCAUGCCGUUGUAGCAAAACUCUUCCCGGGCCUUUAUCCGAGUCGUCCUCGGUGCCGUUCCCGUCGUGGAGCCCGUCCCGCUCCGCUCCGCUCCCUCCCGCGCAAGAUGCUCCGGACGCGCUGCGCUGCGCUCCGGCGGCUCUGCCCGCUCCUGCUGCUGCUACAGCUCACGUGGGCUGCAGCAGGAGCUGCUGCAGCAGGACUGCACAGGAGGGACAAGGUGGAUCUCUUGGACCCACACAGGGGAGGGGAAGACUUUUACCCAGUCCAAGACACCAGCCGCUAUUGCAUGAAGUGCCCUCCGGGCACCUACGUUGCAGCACACUGUGAGGAGCAGUUUGGCCUCAGCAAGUGUCAGCCUUGUAAAGACGAUGAGUUCAUCGAAUACCCAAAUGACUUCCCCAAGUGCCUGGGCUGCACGACAUGCAGGGAAGACCAGGUGGAGCUGAGCCCCUGCCAGGCAGCGAGGGACAGGCAGUGCAUCUGCAGGAACGGCACCUUCUGCUCCCCAGACCACCCCUGCGAGAUGUGCCAGAAGUGCCGGCCCCGGUGUCCCCAGGAUGAAGUGGAGCAGGCGCCCUGCACACCCUACAGCGACCGCCGCUGCGGCCCCCCGCCCAGCACCCCCGGCCUCUCAGCUGGUGUGAUUGCUGCCAUAGCACUGGGCUCAGGAGCAACUGUUUUCCUUAUUGCACUUCUCUGCAUCUGUCUGUGUGGCUGCUGCUCUUUCCCAGGGAACAAGAGAGACCUGAGUGGGAAGUCCUGCAACAUGGUGGACUACCUGCUGCGGCGGCUGGCGAAGCGCGGAGCGGCCGCGGAGACGCGGGACAACAUCCACAACCAGCGCGUGUCCCAGGGCCAGCCGCUGCUGCCCAGCCCGGGGGGGGCAGUGAAUCCCAGUGCUCCAGGGCUGGAGGUGAUGGUGCCAACGACCUCAUCUCCCAGUGAGAAAGCCAGAAAGAAGUUGGUUCCCGUGGAAGGAAAAGACCCCAUUACUGUUCUGCGCCGCUCUUUCGACGUCUUUGCCCAAGACGUGCCCUGCAAGGACUGGAAGAGAUUCGGCCGAGCUCUCGACCUGCUGGAGAACGACAUCGCCCUGGCUGAGAUGAACGACAGGUAUUCCCUGGAGCCCUUCUUCCAGAUGCUCAACACUUGGCAGAACACACAAGGGAUGAAAGCUUCUGUGAACACUCUGCUGGAGGCCCUGCACCGCAUCAACCUGGGAGGCAUUGCAGAGGACAUCUCCUCCAAGCUGGUUCAGCAGGGAUCCUUCCAGUACGAAGUCAGCUGAGGAGCAGGGCAGGCCCUGCAUCUUCCUGCUUCAAGCUGAAGCCAUAAAUACCUCCUAAGAACACUUGAGUUUUACCUUUUUUAUAGCUCUUCUCAUGGCUCUCUUCUAUUUGAAGCCAUUGUACAGUUCAGCUGAGCAAAGAGGAGUUGAUCUCCUGAAAGCCAAACCUCAUGGGAUGGAUGUGAUGCUUCCUUAUGAAAUCCGAACUGGUGGUGCCUUGGUUUCAACUGGCUCCAUGCAAAGAGCCUAAAACUUCUUGCAAGCUGCCUCUGAGACUGUCUCACUACUUGGAGGAGCUGGUACUCUAUGGACAUCCUCAGGAUCAGUGCAGAGAAAGGCCUUGGCAGGUUGCAGCCAUCUCUGUGGUGUUUUAACUGGAUUCACCCCUUUUUUUUGGAAGGGUUCCUGACUUCUUGCAAUAGCUUCUGCUGGCAGAACAUCUCAGAGCUGGCCAGCAAGCUUCAUACUGUAUGCUCAGUGGGCAAACACUGGCUGGGUUCUUGGGUUACUCUCUUGGAGCUGUUGUCUGAAUUGCAUUGUAGCUGGUAGUGGUUCUGCUUGCUGUUAAGAACCAGUUUGAAACUGGACUUGGAGAGGAGGCUGGGAAUGAUUUACUUGCUCUGGUGUGGCUGGAAAAGGGUCAGUGCAGGGAAGGGAGUGAGCUGCUCCUCAGAACAGGGUGGGGAACACAGGCAGAGGAUAAACAGUGUGCCAGAAACCUCCUUCUCCACCACUUCAGUCGUGUUGGUCACUUCCCUUGACCAGGAGCUGGCUUUGCUGUCCCUGGCUCCAGCCAGCAAGGAGAGGUGAAUGCACUGAGGUCCCAGCGUGCCUGUGGGUACCCAUCACCCACCCUCCAGCUGCAGGGGCUGCUGCUCACACACUUUGCCCUUUGCUUUGGUUCUCACACACACAGCUCAGGGACAGCUUAGCUGGAACAAAAAACCCCUCCAAAACUACUGUUACUUCAUCUGGUCAUAUGUGCUGCUGCCCUGGUACAGCCCAGCCCACCAGGACCUUCUCUGGCGUGGAGGGAGGGCACGAGGGGCACCACAAACCUCUCUCCAUGGCAAGAAAGCACAAAGGGCAUCACCAGGAACUUGCCUGCCAUGGUAAGGGAGCACAAGGAGCAUCACCAACCCUUCUCCAUGGUGGGAGAGCACGAGGGGCAUCACCAGGACCUUCCCCAGCUCAAUGGGAGAGCACAAGGUGCACGGUCAGCCCCUCUCCACAGCCUCUAGGGCUGCUCCCUGCUUCUCCCAGUGCUCCCCCCUUUCUCCCCACAGCCUCUUUAGAAUAAAACCUUCUCCAGGACACAAGCAGAAAGUCUGUAUUUAUGUAUUUAUUUAGUAACUGUAAACGUGUGCAUUUAUUAACUUAAAAGCUAAUAGAAAAAUAUUGUUGGAUUUGGUUGGUUUGUACUUGCAUGACUGUGUGGGUUUUAUACAGAGCUCUGGCCCAGCCAGUUUGCUAUUUCCAGGGGUUUUUUUUACAUGUCUCUUUAUGAAGGAAGAAUAAACUUGUUAAAAAAUC